AUGCACGCCAAGGCUCUCAUUGCGGUCUUCCUGGGCCCCGGCCUCGUCUCGGCCCAGCUCAACACUCUUGCUGUCCGCGCUGGCCUAAAGUACUUUGGAACUGCCGUCGGCGAAGGCCAGGUCAACGAUGCCACUUACAGAGCCGUUGUGAACAACAAAAACGAGUUCGGCUCCCUGGUUCCCGAGAACGGGCAAAAGUGGCAGGGCACUGAGCCUAGCCGCGGCUCGUUUUCUUUUAGUAAUGCAGACAUUGUUCCCAACAUCGCCAAGGCAAACGGCCAGAUUCUGCGGUGUCACACUUUAACAUGGCACUCUCAACUGCCAAACUGGGUUUCUAGUGGACAGUGGACCGCCGCUACCCUGACGUCCGUCAUUGAGACUCACAUCUCAAAUGUCAUGAAGCAUUACUUGGGCCAAUGCUACGCCUGGGAUGUUGUCAAUGAGGCCGCCGACGACGACGGCAGCUGGCGCACGAGUGUCUUCUACAACGUGCUCGGCACCAGUUUUCUCCCUAUCUCCUUCAGAGCUGCUAAGGCUGCAGAUCCUAACACGAAGCUGCAAUCUCUUACAUCAACUAGGUACUACAACGACUACAACCUAGAGUACAACGGGGCCAAGACCAACCGCGUUUAUGAGGCCGUCACAAUUGUCCAGAAUGCUGGUGCGCCUAUCGACGGUGUCGGUUUCCAGGGUCAUCUGAUUGUCGGCUCGACCCCGAGCCGCAGCGCCCUCGCGACCGUCCUCCGUCGCUUCACCGCACUCAACCUCGAGGUCGCUUACACCGAGCUCGACAUCCGGCACUCCAGCAUCCCAGCCUCCUCGUCUGCCCAGGCAACCCAGGGCAACGACUACGUCAACGUCGUUGGCUCGUGCCUCGAUGUCGACGGUUGCGUCGGCGUUACCAUCUGGGGCUUCACGGACAAGUACAGCUGGAUCCCCGGGACCUUCCCCGGCACGGGCGACGCCCUUCUCUGGGACUCGAACUACAACAAGAAGCCGGCCUACACCUCCGUCUCCUCCCUGCUCGCCGCCGCGGCGACCAGUGGUACCCCUCCGCCCCCCGCCACCACUACCGCCCCGGGCCCUGGUAUCACCACCACCGCCCCCGCUCCCGGCCCUACGACCUCCGCCCCUGGCGGCGGCCCUCAGUCUCCAAAGUACGGCCAGUGCGGUGGUCAGGGCUGGUCCGGUCCUUUCGCUUGCGUCUCCGGCACCACCUGCACCUUUGUCAACACGUGGUACAGCCAAUGUUUGUAG